GUCGUUUUUUGCAGUAUAUCUCCGAUGAACCGCAACCAGCACUACCCACAAUCCUCGACGAUUGAAAAACGACGUCGUAAAGCCGUCUGAUACGCAGACAAUUCGAACAAAAACAAGAUGGAAUCAGAGAAACCUCAGUCUCCCAGUCAACUUUCUCGUCCUCCUUUUUUGCUUUCUUUAACACAGAUUACAGAGAGCGAAAUCUCAACGAGCUCAACAAGAAUCUAUUCAUACUUCCCCGGAUCGAUGAACUUAAGUUGUAAUUUCUUUAUGGUUUUAGGAUUUUGAGGGUGUCAAUUUCGAACUAGGGGUUUUUUGUUGUGAGGGUUUGCGAGAUUGUAAAUAUGAUGGUAUCAAGAGGUUUAUUUGGUUGGUCACCGCCGCGGCAACAGCCGCUAACGCCGGUGUCGGAGGUGUCGGAGUGUCCGUCUCCUUACGUAGACACAAGUAACGAUGCGGUUCCUACAGAAAUUGAUGAUGUAAUGGAGGAGACGGAGGAGAUCGAGCAGCCUCCGGAAACAGUGCCGUUUUCGAGGCUGUUCGCGUGUGCUGAUAGGUUUGAUUGGGUGCUUAUGGUAGUUGGAUCGGUUGCUGCGGCGGCGCAUGGGACUGCGCUUGUGGUUUACUUGCAUUAUUUUGCUAAGAUCAUUCAGUUGUUGAGUCAUGGCGAUGAGAGUUCGGAUUUGCUUUUUCAUAGGUUCAAAGAGCUUGCUCUGACCCUUCUUUAUAUUGCUGGUGGUGUUUUUGCUGCUGGUUGGAUAGAGGUUUCAUGUUGGAUUCUUACCGGAGAAAGGCAGACAGCUGUUAUUAGGUCUAGAUAUGUCCAAGUACUUCUAAAUCAAGACAUGAGUUUCUUCGACACAUAUGGCAACAAUGGUGACAUUGUGAGUCAAGUAUUAAGUGAUGUAUUGCUUAUCCAGUCUGCACUUAGUGAAAAAGUUGGUAAUUAUAUCCAUAACAUGGCUACAUUCUUCAGUGGGCUUGCAAUUGGAUUCCUCAACUGUUGGCAAAUUGCUGGGCUGACUUUAUUAACUGGCCCCUUUAUAGUGGCUGCAGGAGGAAUAUCAAAUAUAUUUCUCCAUAGACUUGCUGAGAAUAUUCAAGAUGCUUAUGCUGAAGCAGCUAGUGUUGCUGAACAGGCGUUUUCUUACAUGAGGACAUUAUACGCAUUCACAAACGAAACACUAGCAAAAUACUCAUAUGCAGCUUCACUACAAGCUACAUUAAGAUAUGGUAUUCUAAUAAGUCUUGUACAAGGGUUAGGACUUGGGUUCACAUAUGGGCUUGCAAUUUGCUCUUGUGCUUUACAGCUUUAUGUUGGAAGAUUUUUAGUUAUACACAAAUAUGCUCAUGGGGGCGAAAUUGUCACAGCUCUUUUUGCUGUUAUCUUAAGUGGGCUUGGGUUGAAUCAAGCAGCUACAAAUUUUUAUUCAUUUGAGCAAGGAAGGAUUGCAGCAUAUAGACUCUUUGAGAUGAUUGCUCGUUCAUCAUCCAGUGUUGAUAAUGAGGGAAACAUUCUUGAUUCUGUUCAAGGGAAUAUUGAGUUUAGAAAUGUUUAUUUUAGUUAUUUGUCACGUCCUGAGAUACCGAUUUUGAGUGGCUUUUAUCUCACUGUUCCUGCUAAGAAAACUGUGGCACUUGUUGGAAGAAAUGGAUCUGGUAAAAGUAGCAUUAUUCCACUUAUGGAACGGUUUUAUGAUCCUACAUUAGGUGAAGUUCUUCUAGAUGGAGAGAACAUCAAGAACCUGAAAUUGGAAUGGCUAAGGAGUCAAAUUGGUUUAGUCACUCAAGAGCCUGCAUUACUAAGCUUAAGUAUCAGGGACAACAUUGCCUAUGGGAGAGAUGCCACAUCACUUCAAAUUGAAGAUGCAGCUAAAACAGCUCAUGCACAUACAUUCAUUAGCUCACUUGAAAAAGGAUACGAUACACAGGUAGGUAGGGCUGGUUUAUCUUUAACAGAAGAACAGAAGAUAAGACUUUCUGUUGCAAGGGCAGUGCUUUCGAAUCCUUGUAUUCUUCUUCUUGAUGAGGUGACAGGUGGACUUGAUUUUGAAGCUGAAAGAUCUGUUCAGGAGGCUUUGGAUUUGUUAAUGUUGGGUCGUUCAACCAUUAUAAUUGCUAGAAGGCUUUCUUUAAUUAAAAAUGCUGAUUUUAUAGCUGUGAUGGAGGAAGGUCAGUUAAUGGAGAUUGGGACACAUGAUGAACUUAUAGCUUCAGAUGGGUUAUAUGCAGAGCUUUUAAGAUGUGAAGAAGCAGCUAAACUCCCAAAAAGGAUGCCUGCAAGAACCCACAACGAGACCUCAACAUUCCAAAUCGAAAAAGAUUCCACUUCACAAGAACCAUCAUCUCCCAAAUUUACGAAAUCGCCCUCACUUCAGCGAGCCUCCAACCUACACACAGCAAGAUCUCCAGAUUCCAAUUACAACUCACACGGAUCUCCAAAAAAAACAGUUGAAAAUGGAACAGAAAACCCGCCACCAAUAAAAAGACAAGACAGUUUCGAGAAAAGAUUACCAAAUUUACCAAAAAUCGAUGUCCAUUCAAUCCCACGUCAAACAUCACUCAAUUCUGACCCCGAAUCACCAAUUUCACCACUGUUGACAUCUGAUCCGGAUAAUGAAAGGUCACAUUCACAAACUUUCAGUCGACUUAAUUCUCGUUCUGAUCACCAUCCGGUCAAAGUCAAAGUCAAAGUCAAAUCAGUGAAGGAGAAGAAAGAUAGAAAAGAUCCGCCAUCAAUGUGGAGGCUUGUGGAACUUAGCUUUGCUGAAUGGCUUUAUGCUGUUUUGGGAAGCAUUGGUGCUGCGAUUUUCGGUGCUUUUAACCCUCUUCUUGCGUAUGUAAUCGCCCUAGUUGUCACAGAAUAUUACAAAAAUGACACCCACAGACAUACGCGAAAUGAAGUGGAUAAAUGGUGCUUAAUUAUCGCAUGCAUGGGUGUUGUUACUGUAGUAGCAAAUUUUUUGCAGCAUUUCUAUUUUGGGAUAAUGGGGGAGAAAAUGACUGAACGAGUUAGGAGAAUGAUGUUUUCUGCAAUGCUUAGGAAUGAAAUUGGGUGGUUUGAUGAGGAAGAGAACAGUGCUGAUACAUUGUCAAUGCGGUUAGCAAAUGAUGCAACUUUUGUGAGAGCUGCUUUUAGCAACCGACUUUCUAUUUUUAUACAAGAUGUUAUGGCUGUUCUUGUGGCACUGCUGAUUGGGAUGCUUUUAGAAUGGCGGCUGGCUUUAGUGGCUCUGGCUACAGUACCUGUUCUUACUGUUUCCGCUAUUGCUCAGAAACUAUGGCUAGCUGGAUUCUCAAAAGGCAUCCAAGAAAUGCACAGAAAAGCAUCAUUAGUCCUCGAAGAUUCCGUUAGAAACAUUUACACUGUAGUCUCGUUUUGCGCCGGAAACAAAGUAAUGGAGCUUUACCGCUUCCAACUCCACAAAAUCUUCACAAAAAGCUUCCUCCACGGCCUAACAAUCGGCUUCGCCUUCGGAUUCUCCCAAUUCCUUCUCUUCGCCUGCAACGCCUUCCUCCUUUACUACACCGCACUCUCAAUCAAAAACCAUCACGUCAACCUCCCAACCGCUAUCAAAUCCUACAUCGUCUUUUCGUUUUCCACUUUUGCCCUUGUCGAGCCUUUCGGUCUCGCCCCUUACAUUCUCAAAAGACGAAAAUCCCUAACCUCCGUAUUCGAAAUAAUCGACCGAAUUCCCAAAAUCGACCCCGACGACCCCACCGCGUUAAAACCACCAAACGUCUACGGCUCCAUCGAGUUGAAAACCAUCGACUUUUCCUACCCGACGCGCCCCGACAUCCUCGUACUAAACAAUUUUUCCCUCAAAGUAACCGGCGGGACAACCGUCGCGGUUGUCGGCGUCUCCGGAUCCGGUAAAAGCACGAUCAUUUCGUUAAUCGAACGGUUCUACGAUCCGGUUUCUGGAAGCAUCACGUUAGACGGACGCGAUUUAAAACAAUUCAACCUCCGAUGGUUGCGAAACCACCUCGGCGUAAUCCAACAAGAACCCGCGAUUUUCUUAACAACGAUUAAAGAGAAUAUAAUCUACGCGCGACAUAACGCGAGCGAGGCGGAGAUCAAGGAAGCCGCGAGGAUUGCUAACGCGCACCAUUUCAUAAGCAACUUGCCGCACGGGUACGACACGCAUGUGGGGAUGCGAGGGGUGGAGUUGACCCCGGGUCAAAAGCAGCGGAUCGCGAUAGCGAGGGUGGUUUUGAAAAACGCGCCGAUUUUGUUGUUGGACGAGGCGAGUUCGGCGAUUGAGAGUGAGUCGAGUCGGGUGGUUCAAGAGGCGCUUGAUACGUUGGUUAUGGGGAAUAAAACGACGAUUUUGAUAGCGCAUAGAGCGGCUAUGAUGAGACAUGUUGAUAAUAUUGUUGUGAUUAAUGGUGGGAGGAUUGUUGAGGAAGGUGGGCAUGAUUCUUUGAUGGAGAAGAAUGGUUUGUAUGUGAGGUUAAUGCAACCUCAUUUUGGGAAGGGUGUACGUCAACAUAGGCUUCUUUAGGGUUUGUAGAUUGAAUGAGAUUCGAGGAGAGAGUAUUCUUUUGGAGGCGAAGGAAGCUUCGUGGUAUAUUGAUUUUUGUUGGUUGUAGAAGAAUGGUUGUGUACUUGUGUUUGUUUAUUUUUGAUGAUUUUUUUUAUAGAUUUGUAUAUGCAAGUUGAUACAGGCUAAAAAUGGAGGAAGUAAUGGUAGUAUUGUAAUUCUUUGUGUAUAUAAAGAGACUUGGAAUCCUUUCAACUUGCUCUUGUUUUGGUCUUUAUUAAUUCAAUCAUUUUUAUAUUUUUGUUAUGACUUAUGAGAAUCUGGUUUAUAUGGGUGUGUUUGUAAUUUAAAUCUGUUGAUGGAAGAGUGG